GCGUGGACGGAGCUAUGCUGCAGAUGUCUCUCUGAUCACCGAGGCGUUAUCUGAGCCCGCGGGUUAUAUAAACCGCACAGGAGACGCUCUCUCUAACCUCAUAGCCAACCGCAACCUUCAUCCUCUUCUAGUCAUCAUCACAUACUCUCGCUUUUGCCUUCGCAAAUCAUAUUUUCGCCAUGUUCUUCAAGUCCAUCGCCACCGCCGCCUUGCUGGCCUCCUCCGCCGCAGCCCACUACAUCCUCCCGCGGGAGAGCGGUAACUACACGACGAGGCUAUGCGGCACCCCUGAGCCGACGGCGAAGCAGAUCGCCGCCUCAGAAGCCUUCCUUGCCCAGGAUCGGGAGCUGCAAUUAAAGGGCGAGGGUCGCGCCCUUAAGGCUUUUAGCGUGAACCUUUAUUUCCACGUUGUGGCCGCUUCUCGAACGGUCGCAGAUGGGUACCUGACCCAACAAAUGAUCGACGACCAGCUCCAGGUUAUGAACGACGACUACGGUGUUCACGGCAUUACCUUCAACUUGGUCAGCACUGACUGGACUGUUAACACGAACUGGGCUGCGGAUGGGGACGAGCUCGCGAUGAAGAGGGCGCUUCGAAAGGGCACGUACUCGGACCUCAACAUCUACCUUCUUGGAAACUUGGGUGGUGGCUUGCUUGGUUACUGUUACUUCCCGGACGACGUUACUUCUGGCUCGACAGAGUUCUACCAGGAUGGAUGCACCGUCCUUGCGAACUCCGUUCCCGGUGGGUCGGCAGCACCCUACAAUCUCGGCGGCACCGUUGUUCACGAAGUUGGCCACUGGAUGAAUCUUUACCAUACAUUCCAGGGUGGCUGCGGUGCCACCGGAGACUCCGUCGCCGACACUCCUCCCCAGGCAUCCUCCUCCUCUGGCUGCCCUAUCGGCCGCGACAGCUGCCCCGGAGGUGGUGUUGACCCCAUCCACAACUACAUGGAUUAUUCUGAUGAUGCUUGCUACGAGGAAUUCACCGCCGGUCAGGAAGAGCGCAUGUACAGCGCGUGGUCGAAUUUCCGUUCGUAGAUAUUCCUCCGCAAGGCUUAGUGUCUCAUUGUAUAUGAACGGCUGUAUGGAUUGGGUAUACGAUCUAUAUACCUAGUAUACUUCGAGCCAAACCCUCUUGGCUGCCGCUAAGGGGCUAUAGAACACCAGCUUAUGAUACAGUUAUAUGCCCAUUAGGUAGGUACACUUACAAGAUGGCGGAAUACUUAUGAGCGUGUGUUUUGGAUAUCUCACAACCAGGUUCCGAUGUAGAUGCCAUAGCCAAUUAGCCUAAUUCAACUAUUCUAGAGCCUAGGCCGAUUAUGUCCAUGA